CUACGCUGUAGCAGCGCAGCCUCUAAACUAUAAACUUCCGGUGUGAGCGUGCGUUAACCCUUUUCCACCGGUCCGAGUCAACAUGGGUCGAGUCAGGACCAAGACGGUCAAGAAGGCCGCCAGGGUGAUCAUCGAGAAGUACUACACAAGACUGGGCAACGACUUCCACACCAACAAGAGGGUGUGCGAGGAGAUCGCCAUCAUCCCUAGCAAACCUCUGCGUAACAAGAUUGCAGGGUAUGUGACACACCUGAUGAAGCGUAUCCAGCGCGGUCCAGUCAGAGGAAUCUCAAUCAAGCUGCAGGAGGAGGAGAGAGAGAGGAGGGACAACUACGUCCCAGAGAUUUCUGCUCUGGACCAGGAGAUCAUUGAGGUGGAUCCAGACACAAAAGAAAUGCUCAAGAUGUUGGACUUUGGUGGCCUUUCCAAUCUUCAAGUCACUCAGCCGUCCAUCGGGAUGAACUUCAAGACGCCACGAGGACUUUAAAAUCAUGUUUGAUGGCCUCUGAAUAAAGACAGUUGUUAAAAAUGUUCAAUUUAAA